GCAUAUGUAAAAAAUGAAAACUUUUAUGUGAAUUCGAUAAUUCUAUUCAUCAAAUUUACGUGAAAUUUUCACUUUUACGUUUCCGCUCUUAGAGAAAAAUUACAUGAUCGAUGCCCAGGAAUCCUAAAGGUGUAGUUUGUAUUGCAUUGUAUGCUGCAUUUUGGGCUUAAAAAAAAUUGAGAACACUCAUGCUAUUGUGUAUACUGUGCCUAAGCUAGUGAUUAGUAGUGAUCUAGAGUACGUUUUUCGAUGAACUGUUGCGUAUUUUGUAAAUACGGUUGUAUGAACAAAAUUUGAAUUUUAUAACACAGAACAUUUUAUGUAAAAUUACAAAGAAAAGUUGAAUUUAAUAACUGGAUAACGAAAAAUGUGAUUUUUUUGAACGAGCUUUUAUACACACAUAAACAGAAUUUAUAGAUAAAUUCAUUAUAUGUUUAAUAUUUGUAUGUGAAAUUAUUGGUUUUAUAAACAAUUAUUGCAUAAUUUGAAUUACAUAUAAGUCAUGUUGACACAUAGUAAAGCAAUUUUGAGACCAAAAGUUAGAUUUUCUGAAUCUUCUAAUAAUAUGCCAAAUGAGGAAAGUGUUCAACAUUUUGAAGAAAAAGCUGUUUUGCAAGUAAAGGGUCCAACAGUUAAGAGUAUUGAAAUUCUUAAAAAGCCUGUUAGAGUUAUAUAUCCUAAACAACAGGCUCAUAAUAAAGAUACACUAGUGAGUAAGACAGAAAUUUUGACACAUUUUAAUGAUGCUGCAUCUGAGAAUAUCCACAAUACAUCUCCAUCCAAUAAAAAUUUGACAAAUGUUAAUAUUUCGAAGAUUUUAUGUAACUCCAAUAACACUCAAAAAAUUGGAAAAAAUUAUAAAGAAUUGCCACUUGAUAAAAGCUCACAAAAUAAUGUUGUAAAGGAUUACAAAAAAGAUUUGCGACAAAUGGGAAAAGAAAACAAAAAUACAGUAUUGAAGAAAACUGUACUUAAUAAAAAUAAAAGUAAAAAAGAAACAGGGAAUAUACAAAUGGUUGUACAGAAAACAAAUACUGUAGAUGUUAAAAGUUCAAAAACACAAUCUGCAUCAAGAAUUAUGAAAAAAAGAAAUCAAACAACUAAAACUGGAACUCUUAAUGUAAAACCUGUCAUGUACAAUGCUAUGCCAUACAAGAAGACAAUAAAAAAGCCUGCUGUUAAAAAAACUGUAUUGCGUAAUGUAUCAGAUCGUAAAGUUAAAACUUCUGUGGAACCAGGGAUUUCUCGCAAAAGACAAGACAACACAAGUGCUGAUAAUGCAAAUGAGAAAUAUAUUGUUGCAAAAGGUGUUAAUGUAGAAAGAUUGGCACAACCAGAAUAUAACUCUAUCAUGUGUACCAUUAAUAAACUAAAAGAACUUGAGCAACAGAGAAUUGUUACAGAUAUUGAUCAUUUGUCAUCUGCACAAAAGAGUCUUAUAACAGGAAAGAUUUCUACAGCGCUGGAUUUUCCAUUGGAUGAAGCAAUUUAUAAAAAUUUGGUGGACUUGAGUGUAGAUGAAAAACAGCUGCCAUCUACUGUUAUGCGGAGCAAGGAUCCAGAGCCGCGGCAAAGAGAUAUUACACCAAAACUUUCUGAUUUUUUUAUACCUGAAGAUGCAAAAGAAAUUUGCGAGGCUGUGCAAGUUAAACCUCGAAUCCUCAAAAAUGAAAAUAUGAAUUUUUUAAAAAUUUGUGAUAAGAUAUUUGAAAUGUGGAAAUUUGAUUCAUAUGAUAUAGAAUAAUGUAUUUGUAUAUAUUUUCAUUUGCACAUGCUAUAUAAGUAUAUCAAAUUUUAACUCUCGUAAUGUCAAUUAGAUUAGUUUUAAGAAAUGUUAAUAAUUUAAUACUAUAAUAAAAUUCAGUGAAGUGCAAUA